CCUGAUGAGCUUGGGAAGCAGCCAAUGGCAGUUGGGUAGCUGGGUGGGGCUAGUGAGGCAUUACACAAACUCUUCCCAUUUGCGGAUCACUGGCCUCUCAUUCCUCAGGGUUCUUUUAUCCAAUGAGCUUUCAAGCAGAGUGAGGGGCUGAUACCAAGGGGCACGUAGGGGCCAAUAAGAGCCCCCAUGGAAUAGCCAAGUACCAAUGGCCGCUUAUACUUACACAAAGGGUUGUUGCAGGGAACCAGUCCAUGUAUGUGUUCCUGAGAGACUGCGGGGAUCCCAGAGACUGCCGGGAGCCGCUUGUGCUGCUCAGAACCCCCUUCAACCGGAUGGUGACUGUACGGAGCUGCUGCGCCUCCGACCUGUGUAGGGUGCAAGUCCCUCAGGUGAUCCCCGAUGGCUCUCCCAACGGCCGGACCUGCCCCGGGUGCCUGACCAUCUAUUCCAACCGGUGUGAGACCCAAAUACCCGUUCUCUGCCGGGACAACGAGAUCAACUGCUUCACUUUCUCCAGUCGCCCCCAGAACAAUUCAAAUAACGAAGUUUUCCUUGCAAUGAGCGGCUGCGCGUCUGGAUCAGCUUGUGGCAUGGAGAUUCUGAGCGACCAGAGAAUCCAGUGUGUGAGCGGCGCCGGUGCCUGGAACCUCCCCCUCCCACCCAGGCUCCUCCUACUGCUCAUGGCUCUAGCACAUGGACUCCAUACCCGCCACUCCUCAUAGGAACCAUAAGGGCCCCCCAGUCUGUGGGACUGCCCCCCGGGGGAACCCGCUGGAGCCAAUAGUCCAUUCGUGUUAAAGGUGAACGCCACCCAAGAUGGAUUUUGUUCAGAAUGAAAGAAAAUAAUGUUCUAAACCAUCUUCCCCUAUUCAUUAAUUAUGUUUCUGGUUGAAAGUUAUGAAACAAUUUAAUUCAUUUAAAAAUUUGCUUUCAUUAUGCAAAAAAAUGUUCUAAGGCGGAGCUUCCCGUAAUACCAGGAAGUGAGCACCUUGGAUACCGCUGGAAUUAUAGCAUGGGGGGGGGGCGUUACCCCAAUGUUUUUGUACCUUUUUGCACUAAGUGGGGACCAAAUGUAGGGAUACAAAGGUCUAAAAUCCACGACUAAAUACGGACCUCAUAUUGCACUUUGCCCCCCAGUUCCCUCCCUCCUGCCGGGUUUCUGCCCUGAACCCACCGGCCCAAAGAUUUGUAUAUACUGACCCUCUAAUAUACGUUAUGGUGACUAAUAAAUAAAUACCCCCACACUGAGCAGCUUUAUUAAUAAGGAAAUUAAAUGAAGGAGCAGAUAUGUGGGAUAUUUAAAGGGCAAGGAAACCCUUAAUACCAUUCAGGGCAUAAUAAAUGGCGGCUCUUACAAAUCUU